AUAAACAAAACAUGCAGAUUAGUUGGAUAAAAAUAUGAUAUUACAAAUUUUAAAGAAAUACAAAAAUAAUCCUCAAUUCAAUCCAAGUCAAUCCUGGGUUUUUUUUUCUUCUAAUUAAUUUAAUAAUUCUUUAAAAAUGUGCGUCUAGUCGUCUGCGUUGCUUUCUGUUUCUGUAUUAUUUUAUUUGCAUGUUUUUUUGUUUUUUGUUUUAAUCUCACCCUGACAUUCACUCACAUACGCGAGUCACUACGUGCGACAGCGUGACGGCAAGUGGUUUCCUUUUAUAUUUUCGGGUGUCGGUGACAUGCGCACCAGCGACCACAUAACAGCAGCAGCAGCAGCAACAACAGUGGCAGAAAGAACAGUAACUGAACCAGAAUCGCACACGCUGACUGCCAGCCAGCGAGCGAGCGACUGAGGACCGUACAGGAGUGCGCAGCGGCGGAGAAGGUGGAUGAGGAGGAGUCGGUGUGAGAGUGGAGCUCAGCCGUCUGCAGCUUCACUGUUACAAAACCCUCUUUGCUGCUCAUGCAGCUGCGGAUGCAGCUCGGAGCAGAACCCUCGCGGAUUCUCGCCGGGAUUAUAAUCUGUGAGGAGAAGCUCCUCUUGUGGACGAAGAAAUGCCUGCAGCAGCUCAGGGCCUUCAGUCCAGCAGACUCACCCUGUCAGAGACCAGCAUGGGCUCUUUUAAGAGAAGGAAGAGGAAAUCAAUCAUUGUGACGGCGAUGCUUCUCAUCGUCUCUGUGCUCAUCCUAAUCUUUGGCCUGGCUGCGACCACCAGGACGCAGAACAUCACCGUGGGUGGUUACUACCCCGGAGUCAUUCUCGGCUUCGGUUCUUUCCUGGGAAUCAUCGGAGCUCAUUUAAUCGAGAACAAGCGGCAGAUGUUGGUGGCGUCCAUUGUCUUCAUCAGUUUCGGAGCGGUGGCUGCCUUCUGCUGUGCAAUCGUGGAUGGGGUUUUCGCCGCGAGACACAUCGACCUCAGGCCUCUGUACGCCGGUCGAUGUGAAUAUCACUCCAGUGACACGGCGUCUGAACGGGAUGUCCCCUGCCAGACGUCCUCUCGUACGUACUGUAACCUGCGAGUGAAGAGCAACACCUGUUACUGCUGUGACCUGUACCACUGUGGCAAAGAACAGCCUCUUAUGGGACUUCAGAAUAAAGAUGUUUUGAAAAAGUUUAGGAAAUCAUCCAUGGUUUGGAAGUCCAGCCGCGUAGAGGUGCUCGGGGGUUAUCACGAGUACACCGACGUAAACAGCUGCCAGGACGUGGUCCAUCUCUACCACCUGCUGUGGUCGGCCACCAUUCUCAACAUCGUGGCCCUCUUCCUGGGCAUCAUCACUGCUGCAGUGCUUGGAGGCUUCAAGGAUAUGACGCCGUCGGCAGUGUCGGAGAGCUCAUCUGAACCCGAGGCCAUCACAGCUGCUCCUCCAGAACCUGCUCCACCUACCACUUCUGUUCACUCAUUUUACAACAGCGCCCCCUGCCUGCCACCAUACACUGCCUACGACCUGCAGGGUACCUACAUAUUCCCGGACUCAUCUGGUCUCUCGGAUGAUUCCCAGUCUGGAGCGAGUCACCUGUGGCCUACGUUGGUCCCUCCACGUUACUCCCCUCCUCACAAACAUCCCGAUGAGAAACCACCGCCGUACAGUCCAUAAGGAAACUUCCUGAGGUUCUCCGAGUAGUUGUCACAUGUCAAGUGUGUGCGGAACCUUUAAGUUUGUUUCCUCCGAGUGGAGCUGACUUUGAAACGAUCGCAAGAUUUUAGAAACAGGGAGGAAAAAAAAAAAAAAGAUCCGUGUUCUAGAGCAUGGUUCGCAAUCUGGACGCAGUCGUCAACCACACGAAGGCGAUGGGAUAACCAGUUCAAAUGAGAAUUUUUUUUCACAAUUCUGUAUUUGCUUUAAUGCUAUUGGACUUCCUAUUCUGCAGAACUUGGACCUGCUCCUCCAGAUUCCACUUGAAGAACACGUCCUCCCUCAGCUGGUACUGACGACACAUCCCUGUUUUUUUCAGGACCUGAACCAGACUUUCUCAUACACCAUAGGUGAGAAAUGUAUUUGUGUAUGUCCUGAAUCUCGAUCACAGUUCAAUCCUAGAGUUGAAUUUUUAUUUUAUGGUUUUGUGAAUACUGACACGAAACAUUGUUUCCACAGUUAUGUACCGUGGAUUUUUUAUAAUUCUCCCAGGAACUAAAAAAAACAAACAAACAAAACAGUUCGCCCUAAAUGCGGCAAAAUUAAGUUUUGGCUUUGGAAUCAAGCCGUUUAGCAAAAAAAGAUAAAUAAAUGGCUAACGCUAACGCGUUACUUGCUAACUACCGUAGUGAAAGCAAGAGCCGAUAUUUAGCUGAAGUAAGAGGAACGGUAAUUGAGAGUCAGCUUGGUAGGACGCAUGCUUACAUGGAAGAUAAAUAAGAGAUAGACACUUAGCAGAAUUAGCUCGUCGUCGUUAAUGAACACAAAGACUGAGGAAAUACCUUAGCCAAAGACAGACA